CUCGGAUGUGAGGACACAACUGUACCCUUCAGUAAAGCCGACCCAUUGAACAGCGCCUCCAAAAGUAUCUUCGUAUCCGAGGCCCACAUCUGUGAGGCAUACGAGCGCUACUUAGUUAUGGACCGAUACUAUGCCCAACGCAUCGGACAUAAAGCUGUCAUAAAUACUCCCAUUUUUAAAGACACCAAAACUCCGGACCCUUUCGUCGAGAUAUUCAACGACACGGAGUCUAAUAGAGCGGCAAAAGUGGAUCACAUAUAUAUGAACGAGACAUUGUUUGGUGCGGCGGCCAGUUGUCUACAGGUAACAAUGCAGGCGACAGACGUGUCCGAAGCGUUCACACUAUACGACCAGUUGACUCCAUUAACGCCCAUAAUGUUGGCUUUGGGCGCCGCGACCCCUAUUUUUAGGGGCUAUUUGACGGAUAAUGACUGCAGACUUGGCGUCCAAUUGGAGUCCAACGACGACCGGACGGCUGAAGAGAGGGGAGAGAAGCCAUUGAAACACAACGCAUACCGUAUUCCCAAAUCCAGGGUUUCGCCGAUCAAUACGUAUUUGUGUGAAUCAAACGCCGCAUACAAUGACAGUCCGAUUGUCUAUAAUAAGGAGUAUUACAAUGAGAUGAUCAGCGCUGGCGUCCCCUCACCGCUGGCCCAACACAUCGCUUACCUCUUUAUUCGUGAUCCGGUUGUUAUAUCACGUGAUAAAUUGAAUCAAGACUUGGAGACAGAAUCGGAACACUUUGAAGGCAUUCAGUCGACUAAUUGGCAGACAAUGAGGUUUAAACCGCCGCCUCUUAACCAACAGUCCAUCGGUUGGAGAGUAGAGUUCCGUCCGAUGGAGAUCCAGAUGACUGACACACAAAACUCCGCCUUUUCUGUGUUCGUUAUAUUGUUGUCCAGAAUUGUAUUGAAAUAUAAACUCAAUUUCAUUAUUCCUAUGACUAAAAUACACCAAAACAUAACAACAGCCCUUAAGAGGGAUGCCAUUAAUAGAUGCAAAUUCUGGUUCAGAAAAGACAUCUUCACUCAAAAUACACCACAAAUUCAUUGUUUCAAAGAAAAUAGAAACAGAUAUGAGAGCGAAGACGAGUCAUAUAUAGAGAUGUCUAUCAAUGAGAUAAUGAAUGGUUACGGAAAUGAAUUCCCGGGUUUAAUACCACUCAUCAGGGAAUACGUCAAUAGUAUAUCACUUGACGUUCAGACCUAUAAUAAAGUUCAACAAUAUAUUCAAUUGAUUGCCGACAGAGCGUCGGCUAAAGUCAAGACAACCGCCCAAUGGAUCAGAGAUUUUGUGCGAAAACAUGCGGACUAUAAAUACGAUUCUGUGGUCAACGAGAAAAUUACUUACGAUUUGUUAAAUACGUUAAAUCGUAUUCAAAAUGAAGGCCUGAAUGUUAAUAAAUUAAUCGGCAAUUAU